AAAUAAAAGACCCCGAGUGGAGACGCUUGAAAAAUAAAACCAACCUCUUAAUAUUACCGAUCGUGUCCAACCCUAUUCACGCCAGCCUCAGCCUCAAAAGACAUGACAAGAAGACAAUACCUCAUAUCGUCACUCAGGACAGAAGUCGAGAUUGCAUGAGAUAAAUCAAAAUACCCAUGGCAUCGCCUAAAUCGCUAUAAACACGUGUCCCCACCCGUCCCCUCACUUCAUGAGCUCACUCUACCGACCCUCCACCAGAAGAGAAGCCCAAGCUGCCAUGGCCAAGCUCACCGCUGCUGAGCGCGCGGCUCACGAGGAAGGGAAUCUUCAUAUGCUGCGCGCUACUAUUGAGCGCACUCUCUGGCAUCUUGAUCCGCACAGUGAAUUGGCCGCUCAUCUGCGAGAGACUACCAAAGAAAUCAGACGACAUACCCUUGCGGGCUUACUUCCAAAACCGAAACCAAAGUCACAACAGCAAUCAUUACCUUACUCACAACAAGAAGAACCAGAGGAACCGGAAUUACCUCGGUUUUCUGCACCGCGGCAACAAUCACCAGCUCGUGAACCGCAAAAAGUUCUCACGAAUGAGGGCAGCAGAUAUCAGCUGCGCGAUAGGCAGGAUCACGUGCCGAUAAUCGAACUUAGCUCUGACGUAUCCUCGGAACUGUCAGAUGAGCCCAUUUACGAUUUCGACCAUGCGCCCGACCAAGGCGAGAGCGCAUCGGCCAGCGACAUGAGUACCUUGGCAAAAGAACACCAGAAGCCAGGCCGAGAGAUACCAGUAGAAGAGACACCAGCCGGGGAGGCGCUGGCUCAAGAAAUGCCGACGCAUGAGUCCAAAAAGCGACCUGCUGAGGAUGACGGCGAAGACGACGCGUCACCAGUCUCAAAACGCGUCAAAGGCUGGCUGACGCAUAUCACGGGCGGUUACAUGUGAUUUCAUCAUUUCUCGCUCUUAUAAAUGAUAAGAUCUGGACACCGAUCACGUCACCAUCAAAGAAUACCCUACCGCUACUACAUUUGACUGCAUUCUGGAAAUGCAGCAUUAAAGCUUCGAGGCUUAGAUGAAAAAUCUGGUUUUGGGCAUAAUGUGCAAGUUAUACACUGGUUUACUGGAAAACAAGAUGUAAAGGACUGCUAAGAGCUGUUUCAGACGAACUGGGGUUGGGGGUAGAAAACAUCAGGAAUGGCUAUAUCUUGAGAUGGGGGAAAGAGAUUGAACGGAAUACCCUUAUGAGGCUUGGUGGAUAGCUAAUGUAUUAUUUGACUUUCAAUUUGAAUUGGUGUUUUAUAUGGCACAGUCAACACCCUGG